GAGAGAGAGAGCGAGAGUGCGCGCGCGCGCGCAGUGGGAUGAAAAUCACUGCCCUGCCACACAGCACAACAGACGCGACACGCAUGAGGAACUUUUACAGCCGGGGCGACAUUGAGGGGCAGAGGGGCUGUCACGUUUCGGGUGGUUACGGAGAGCGCUCGCGGCGCUGUUUAGCGAGCCACCAGUACAACCUCUCCCGUGUUUUCCACGAAGGGAAGGAGCUGAAAACUACCCGUCGCCAUUUUUUGGAAGUGACUGACUGGGAGGGGAGAGUUAGCUGUAAACUGGCUAGAUUUAAUGUCCCCGGCUGAUUUAGUUUAUAUUCCCUGUGAGUCAUCACCUUCCCCGCUGUCAGCCCGGACCGUUCGCGUGCUGUAAAUACACCGACGCGUCUUCACCGCACUUGCCCGAGGUCCAAAGGAAUAAACAACGGGGAGAUUUUGUUUGCACAUUUCUCCUGUAUUCUCACUAACUAUUCCACCCAGGAUAGCUGGUGUGGGCUAAAUUAGCCACACUAGCAGGCUUUCUCCUGGAGUGCUUUCAAAGCUGGCCUGGUGGACGGGUCUCUAUGCGCACACUGCCUCCCUCUGGCAGAUGAGUAACGGGCGGGGUCUGACGUGUCGCAGUCGCACGGCCAGAUAGUCCCCUGCGAGCGCGGCGCGUCCUCCCGGCUCGCAGCAUGCCCUCCACCAGCAGGGCAGGGAGCCUGAAGGACCCCGACAUCUCAGAUCUAUUCUUUAAGGAGGACCCCGAGAAGCUCUUCACAGACCUUCGUGAGAUCGGUCAUGGCAGCUUCGGCGCUGUCUAUUUUGCACGGGAUGUGCGGACUGCAGAGGUGGUGGCCAUCAAGAAGAUGUCCUACAGUGGGAAACAGUCCAAUGAGAAAUGGCAGGAUAUCAUUAAGGAAGUUAAGUUCCUCCAGAGAAUACAACACCCAAACAGCAUAGAAUAUAAAGGAUGCUACCUGCGGGAACACACAGCAUGGCUUGCCAUGGAGUACUGUUUGGGCUCAGCCUCCGACCUUCUUGAAGUCCACAAGAAGCCCCUUCAGGAAAUUGAGAUUGCAGCAAUUACCCAUGGUGCUUUGCAGGGCAUUGCAUACCUUCAUUCCCAUAACAUGAUUCACAGGGAUAUCAAAGCUGGGAACAUCCUGCUCACCGAGCCUGGACAGGUCAAACUGGCAGACUUUGGUUCUGCCUCCAUCGCUUCUCCAGCAAACUCAUUUGUGGGGACACCAUAUUGGAUGGCCCCCGAAGUGAUUUUAGCCAUGGACGAGGGACAGUAUGAUGGAAAGGUUGACGUCUGGUCUCUUGGGAUCACCUGCAUAGAACUAGCGGAAAGAAAGCCUCCUCUGUUUAACAUGAACGCGAUGAGUGCCUUAUACCACAUAGCGCAGAAUGAGAGUCCCACACUGCAGUCAAGUGAAUGGACGGAUUAUUUUAGAAAUUUUGUUGACUCUUGCCUUCAGAAAAUACCCCAGGACAGACCGCACUCCGAAGAUCUGCUGCAGCAUGCCUUCGUCCUGAGAGAGAGGCCAGAAUCUGUUCUCAUAGACCUGAUUUUGCGGACAAAAGACGCAGUUCGAGAGCUGGACAACCUGCAGUACCGCAAGAUGAAAAAGAUCCUCUUUCAGGAAGCCCACAAUGGGCUGACCACCGAGAUCCAGGAGGGAGAUGAGGAAGCGGAGCACAGUGCGGGUCGCACAGGUACAGUGAGCAGUGUGGGCAGCAACCAGUCCAUUCCCAGCAUGUCAAUCAGCGCCAGUUCUCAGAGCAGCUCGGUAAACAGCCUCCCAGACGCUGCUGAUGACAGCAAGAGCGACCUCGAGCUGGAGAAAGACCACACCGUCAUGUCAAACAGCUCCGUCAUACACCUGAAGCCGGAAGAAGAGGAAGUUUACCGGGAGGAUCCUGAGAUACGUUCUCGGCCCUCAGAGGCUCAGGCAGCUCCCACGCAGCCCACGCAACGCAAACACCAUCGCAACCGCGAGCACUUCGCCACCAUUCGCACGGCCUCUCUGGUGACGCGGCAGAUGCAGGAGCACGAGCAGGACUCUGAGCUGAGGGAGCAAAUGUCCGGUUAUAAACGCAUGAGGCGGCAGCACCAGAAGCAUCUCAUGGCCCUGGAGAACAAGCUGAAAGCAGAGAUGGAUGAACACAGACUCAGGCUGGACAAAGAGCUGGAGGCGCAGAGGAACAGCUUUGCUGCCGAGAUGGAGAAACUGGUGAAGAAAAACCAAGCAGCCAUAGAGAAAGAUGCCAAGUCAUUUGCCAAUGAUGAGAAGAAAUUCCAGCAGCACAUUCAGGCCCAGCAAAAGAAAGAGCUUGGCAGCUUCCUGGAGUCACAGAAACGAGAGUACAAGCUACGCAAAGAGCAACUGAAAGAGGAGCUGAAUGAAAACCAGUCCACACCCAAGAAGGAGAAGCAGGACUGGCUGUCGAAGCAGAAGGAGAACUUUCAGCACUAUCAGGCAGAGGAGGAAGCCAACCUGCUCCGCCGACAGCGCCAGUAUCUGGAGCUGGAGUGUCGCAGAUUCAAACGCAGAAUCCUUAUUGCAAAACACAAUGUAGAACAGGACCUCGUACGGGAGGAGCUUAAUAAGCGGCAGACGCAGAAAGAUCUAGAGCACGCCAUGCUGCUCCGCCAUCACGAGUCCAUGCAGGAGCUGGAGGUCAGGCAACUGGGCAGCAUCCAGAAGAUGCGCACGGAGCUCAUCCGGCUGCAGCAUCAGACCGAGCUCACCAAUCAGCUGGAGUACAACAAGCGCAGAGAGCGGGAGUUACGCCGCAAACACGUCAUGGAGGUCCGACAGCAGCCCAAGAGCCUUAAGUCUAAAGAGCUGCAGAUCAAGAAGCAGUUUCAGGAUACUUGUAAGAUUCAAACCCGGCAGUACAAGGCCCUGCGCAACCACCUCCUGGAGGCCACACCCAAGUGUGACCACAAGGCUGUGCUGAAGAGACUGAAAGAGGAGCAAACGCGAAAAUUAGCCAUCCUCGCUGAGCAGUACGACCAUUCCAUCAACGACAUGCUCUCAACGCAAGCCCUGCGAUUGGACGAGGCACAGGAGGCGGAGUGUCAGGUGCUAAAGAUGCAGCUGCAGCAGGAGCUGGAGUUGUUGAACGCCUAUCAGAGUAAAAUCAAGAUGCAGACGGAUGCGCAUCACGAGCGAGAGAGGAAAGAGCUGGAGCAGAGGGUCUCGCUGCGGAGGGCUCUCCUGGAGCAGAAGAUUGAAGAGGAGAUGGUGGCCCUACAGAACGAACGCUCCGAACGAAUCCGCAGUCUCUUUGAAAAACAGGCACGGGAGAUCGAGGCGUUUGAUUCUGAAAGCAUGCGGCUAGGCUUCAGCAACAUGGUGCUCUCCAGCUUGGCCUCAACGGACGGCCACAGCCACAGCUUUCCGGGGGCUCAGAGCAGCUGGGGCUCCCCGCACGGUGCAGGCUCUCAGGGGUCACACUGGGGAGGCGCGCACCACCACCAUCAUCCAAGUCAGAGCGGCUCUAUCCAGCAGCCCUGGGGUCACGGCCUGUCUCCGGGGGGACCGCCUCCCUGGGGGCACCACGGGUCUGGGGGCAGUCAGCGCUCGAGCGGUGGGCUACGGAACAGUCCCCAGGCAGUACGGCGGGCCACCUCAGGGGGCCGCAGUGAGCAGGGGAUGAGCAGGAGUGCCAGCAUCGCCUCUCAGAUUUCCAAUGGCUCGCACCUGUCCUACACGUAAGACCACCCGCCGCUCUCCCACAACACCCGUCUUGACCCUGAACGCAAUGGGGGAAGAGUGGCAGGGGGCACUAGGGGGACCUACAGGAAAUGUUUAACCCAUUCCUUUAGUUCUUGUUUUCGGAAUACAUGCUUUAUACACACGGCAAGCACAAAAUGCUUUCAUUGUGGUUUCAAUUGUAUGGAUGUUGAGCACUUAAAGGGUCUGGCCACUUCUUAGUUAGAAUGCGUUUUUGCAGUGAUUUUGAACAAUAGUGAUGAAUUUAGAUGCUGGUUGCGUUUUAGAGUGUGUGAAGAUGCUGGAUCGAUAUGAGAAUGUUGAUGAUUGUGAGAGGGGAAUAUGAAUGUCGUGCAUUAACUCGCACAGCUGAGAUGUUAGGUUUUAUGGAUCAAGGUUUUAUCAUGAUCUUGCAGGUUGUUUCCGCUGGUUUUUGGAGUGUUGUGCAUAUCGUUUUCUUUCGACGCAUGGAUUUAAAGGGUAAACUAUUGAAUAGAUAUAUAGAGAGGUCGGAUAGCAGAAUGUGAAAAUCAAGCAGUGCACUUGAGUUUCAGUCUUUAGUUUAGUUUAGUCUUUUAUUCAAAUUAAGCACUUGUUUUAAAACGUGCUGAGAAUCAGUAUACUCUUUUAUUUUUUGUGCCAGAACAUCUAUUAAAAAUACUGUGAAAUUUUAAGACUGCCAGGAUUAUAUCGAGUUUCGUUGAUUUUUCGUUGUUUUUUUUCUUACGUUGCCAUACAUUGCCAUUCUUGUACAGGUCCAAAAAACAACCGAUCAGGAAGCUAUUUUGCUUUUAAAGCUUUGAAAAGAUAACAAAGUAAUGGUGUUCAGUCACAGUAAAUGUACAAGGACAGAUACCAUUAGAUAGGAAAGAAACAAGUGUUUUAAUGGAGAUAUUUAAAGUAACUGCAAAGAGUUUUUCUCUCUUGGGCUGCAUACUAUCAGAAAGAUAGUUUUGUUAUAUUAAUGUACGAGUGUCAAAGCAUGUUGGCAUGGUUAAACUUUACACCUGAUUAACACUAUGGCAAUGCCGUUGAAUUAUAAUUUAGAUUAGUGAUUUAGUGAUGCCAAAGUUAACAAUCGCAACUAUGCAAAAGGAGAAUAGCCUGUUGUGUUGACUUGUGUUCUUUACCUCUUUGUUCUCCAACUUUCACUAAGCUUAACCUCACAGACGAGCACUUUAUCAUCCCAGCACUACACUUCUAUAAGAGCAGAUCUCCUGAACGUCUGGUGCCCCCUCCUCCCCUUUCUCAGGCCGGGUUUGAGCGUGUUGUGUGGAUUUUAGGGGUGUGGAGGUCUAGGUUGGGUAGGCUUGAGACCGCUGAAUGUUUUUGCUGGGCGUGUAGGUGCCGCUGCUGUCGUCCCUGCAAUGCCAUUGUCUCUUCCAUGCCCACCCCGGAGCUCCGGCGACUGCAACCCAACAUCCACCCUCCAACUGAACGCUUACCACAGCAUGCAGAAAAAGCGAUUGAAGGUCGCAAAGCAUAUGUAAUGGAAGGGUAGAGAGUCGGGAGCUUGAAGCGAGAUGUAUAGGAACAAAGUUUAUGUAUAGUGUAUAUUUAGAAAUUUAAAUAAAUGGAAAUCAAGACAGUCAAACUCUUUGACUAGUUUAAGACUAAACUAAAAUUGAAUUGCUUGAAUGUGAAGACAAAAAACAUCUUGGUUUCUAAUAUUGAUUAUUUAAAAAGAAAAAAAUGAUAUAUAUAUAUAUAUAUAUAUAUAUAUAUAAAUAUAUACUACACAAAGCAUAUUCUCAGAGGUGUCAAAGCGAAGCCAAAAUAAAGUUUUUCCCCAGCGAUUUGACUUCUCACGCAGAACUUGUUACACUUGAUCUUUCUGUCAUUCUGUCUUUGCUUCUUGCUCCUCUUGCUUUCAGAGGUAUAAAUGAUCAUAUGCAGUAGUGCCAGUACUCGUGAAUGUUAUCCGUGAACCAGCGGAAUCAUCUUCCGAAACUUCAAUUAUUCAGUUUCUUUCCAUUCAAAACUUCCAUCAUGCCCAUUACAGAAUGGCUUCCAAAAACUUCAAAACUUGGUGCAUUUUGUAGUUCUUUUCAACCUGUUUGAGAAGUCAUGCUCUAGGUCCAGUAGAGCACAAGAUCCAUCAUCUCUGAACAUCAAGCUUGGCACACUUCUGAUAUAUGCAUGAGAUUAGGCUACUUGAAGAUGCCUCAGUCUCAGUCAUAUUAAUACCAACCGAGCCAAUGCUAAACAUUUGAGCCAAAUGUAACAAAAUAACAAGGCCAUGAGUGUUCUGACCCUGAUAAAGUAACAUGCCAUUCAUUAAGUCGUUCUGGAGCAGCCAUAGACUCAAAUUUGAUAACAGCUUCACUUUCACACUUUCUUCCAUCUAUCAUGCCUAAAUAACGAAGCAGUAUGUAAUAAAAAAGAGAGAUGUGUUCUGUUAACAGAUUGGAUUCCCUUGGAAGCCCUUACAUUCGUUAUGACCCUAUACAACAGUGUGAAAACAUCGAGAUGGAUAUUCAUCCAGGAAGGGCUACAUCUCUGUACAGUGUUUUUAGCAGUAUUUCGUCUGUUUUUCUUCCGAUGGUCAUCGUCUCUUUGCUUCAACAUUACCAUAACAAUCCAUGUAUAACCUGUAUUAAAAUGUAUAGAUUGUGAAAAACUGAAUGUUGGAGAGAUUACAAAAUUUUGUUAUGGCGGUUCAUAACAAAAACAUUUUAGCAAGUGAAUUAAAAUGUACAAUUUUGAAAACCUUCGGGGAUAAAUGUAAUGUUUUGUUUGUAAUUACUCCUGUUGUUGGCAGAGGGCUACUGGACAAAGAAAUCAACUGUAAUAAAGUAAUUUUAGUA